UCUUACUAAUUUUUCAACUGUGAAGCAAUCUAAACUGAUCUCUGGUUGAGAGAAGUUGUAGAAGUUAAAGAAAUAAAUAAUACAGAUCAAAGCAAAAUAAUUUAAAGAGAUAUCUUCGAAAAAAAAAAUUGUGAAUAAAAACUAAAAUUAAUUGAGUGAAAAUUGUCAGAAAAACUGUGAAAAUAUUUUUAAAAAAUCAAAUCAAAAAUGUCUUCAAAAAAUAUGCUGAUGACUCAAAUGGAUUUACAAUUACCGCCAACGCCCCCAAUGGAUUUAAGUGAUUCAAAUUCAAACAGCUCAAAUGACUUCAAAAAAUCAGAAGAAUUACAUUCACUGAAACGUAAAUUAAAUGAUAUUAAUUUACCAAAGGGAUUAGUGACACCAAAUCCAUCUGAUACUGAAGAUGAAUCAGAUUUACCUCCACGAAAGCGCAUGUAUGCUCGCGACUCAAUUAACUUUUUGGAAAAACCAACGUCGUUUACUCCACCACCGGAAGAUAUCAGUGUCAACUCAAAUGAUGCAUUUAGAGCUGACAUUCCAGCACAACGCGUCAGCGUUAUUAUGCGUGUCAACAAAGACGGAACAUGUAUACCAGCAGCUGAAGCAAAUGCAACAACUGAAGUCAUUCAACCUAAAUGUGAAGAUAAUGACAUUCACUUGAAUGUUUUUCGAAGCGUAAAGUACAAGAUGGGGAGAAAAAACAGUCAAUCGACGUCAAAUAGUUGUGAUGGUUCAACUUCACCAUCACUUCUUGGAAAUACCAAUGAGUCAUUAGUUAAAAAUGUGGAACAACGUGUAUUGACGUCAUCGCCUGUUUCGAUGGCUCAACCACAAUCACCACCAACCAUUUUAUUCCAAGUUCCACAACAAAGUCCAGCUAAACAAAUUCAACAAUUGCCAAACAUUGCACCAAAAUUACCACCUCAAGGUAUCAUCAUUACAACGUCACAAGCGGGAAAUGGCUUGAUGCAAACAGGAUUUCUUCUGCUACCUUCGAGUUCUGCACAAACGAUUGUCACGUCAACGCCCCCAUCAUCUCAUCAAAGGCUGAACAAAACAAAUGCUCGUACACAAGCAACACAAGAACGACGCCGCAUUUUCGAAUGUGAUUAUCCAAAUUGCGGUAAAAACUACUUUAAGUCAAGUCAUCUUAAAGCGCAUACAAGAAGUCAUACCGGUGAACGUCCAUUUUUCUGCAAAUGGGAGAAUUGUGAACGUCGUUUUUCGAGAUCUGAUGAAUUAUCACGACAUAAACGUACUCAUACCGGCGAAAAGAAAUUUGUUUGUGGUGCUUGUGAUCGUCGCUUUAUGAGAUCUGAUCAUUUGUCGAAGCAUGUUAAACGUCAUAACAAAGAUAAAACGAAGGGAAAGAAUAACCUCGCAUCGUCGAAUAAUUCGUCAGCACUUAUGUCAAUCUCGCAACAUCAACAAACGCCUAGAAGUAUUGUUCCAAAUCUGAAUGGUAUAAUGAAUAACACGCUUCUAUAAGCGGCAUGCUGUUGAAUCACAAAAUUUACCUGAUUAGCUGUUUAAGCCGUCAGCACAAUGGCGUUUGAUCUCAUUCUGUCAUCUCCUCGGUUAUGCAUUUUUAUUGCUGAAAGCGAUCUUGUUUUCAUGGAAUUUACAAAGCAGUAGAUCAACCCAUGAAAACUAAACAAAGUUAAAUAAAUUAAUGACGUGUAACGAAAAUCUUUUUCUUAGAAGUUUGCAUAAGACAUGAUAAGCUUACAAACUCUUUUUAUUAAACAUGUUAAAGUUUUCUUUUCUUUCGAUUUAUUUUUUAUGUUAUUCAGUUUAUUAACAUAUAUCUGACCAACAUAUUCUGUGAUUUUGAGUUAAUAAUGUUUCGUUGAUGAACGAAAUUUAUAAAUAAAAAUAUUUAAAACAUUUAAAUCAUCAAAAAACUGAGUUUUAAAUCUUUUUUCCAGACUUUUCUUUUAAUUUAUCUAUGACGCAGAUACUUAGCAGAUAACUUAUCUAUCAAUUUAUAAAUAAAUUGUUUUUGUCAACU